UAAUGUCACGUAUUGAAUCUGUAUCCACAGAUCAACAAAAUGCUCUGAAAGUCGUCCGUGCCAGCAAGCCGAGGACGAGAAAGUCCAGCAAGUCAAGUGAUUUCAGUGAUAUCACAAACUGGCCGACACCUGGUGAACUGGCCAAAGAGCAACAACAAAAUGUCCUCAACAACAACGGAAAGAAGCCUCCUCCUCCUCCUUCUUCUUCCUCAACCUCCACCUCCACCACCACCACCUCCUCCUCCUCCUCCUCGUCCGCACGCCGAGACAAGGAGAAGCGGAGGGAGCGGCCGGACAGGAAGUCGGAGAGCAGCCACGACGGCGGCGGCGAGAGCAAAGAGAACCAGGAGGCUCAACCCGAUCCGCUGGGAGAGCUGCCCAAAGACGGAGAGUCCAAGACGGGAUCGGACGCCAAGAACGCCGGCCUGAAGAAGAGAGGAGGUGAGGGUAACAAACGUAAGUGGGUUUCUCUGCCGCUGGAGGAAGUGUCCCGGGACGACGGCGCCAAGACGCCCGGCGGCGGCGGCGGCGGCCCGACACGCUCGGACACAGACCCCAACAACAGCGACUCGCCUGACCCAACGUCGCCCAAUCACACGCUCCAUAAUAGCAGAGCGCAUGAUAGCAACAGGAGUUGGAGGAGUCAACAGCGAGACUUCUGGGACGACAGUUCCAGCGUGAGGAGCGACAGCGGGAGCGUCCGCGGAGGAAUCCGAGGCCGAGGGAAGGGGCGCGGGCGCGGGAGAGGCCGUGGACGAGGCCGUUAUGAGUUCUCUCAGAAUUACCGUGACUCUCAGUCGACCGACGGCACCAACUCCGCCACAGAGUUCGGCAACGGCAUGGUUUACUACUACGACGACGGCAGCAAAGUCCAGAUGUACACUGUGGAUGAAAAGCUUCUUAAGGAAUACAUCAAACGCCAAAUUGAAUACUACUUCAGCCUCCACAACCUGGAGCGAGACUUCUUCCUGAGGAGAAAGAUGGACGUGCAGGGCUUCCUCCCCAUCUCCCUCAUCGCCAGCUUCCACAGAGUCCAGGCGCUCACCACCGACAUCAGCCUCAUCAUGGAGGCUCUGAAGAACAGCACGGAGGUGGAGCUGGUGGACGACAAAGUUCGCUGUAAAACCGACCCGGAGCGUUGGCCCAUCGCCGUGCCAACCGUCAUUGGUUCCCCUCGCACCGACUUCUCUCAGCUCAUCAACUGCCCCGAGUUCGUUCCUCGACAGACGAUCAACUCCGCAAAGACCGACUCAUCGAAGGAGACUCCUGCCGAGUCCGCGCAGCCUCAGGAUUCGGCCGAGCCCGACUCCUCCGGCCAAGUGUCGCUCCCCGCAGACGCAGACGCCUCCAAAGAUGCCCCCGCCCCCGACGCCUGGAUCCAGGUGGAGAAACGCCACCGACAGCCCUCCGGAAAGGCGAAGGAGCGCAGCGAGGCUCCUCCACCGGGCCGCCGACCUCAGCAGGCCGAGCCCGACCAGGAAGAGCUGGACUUCAUGUUCGACGAGGAGAUGGAGCAGAUGGCUCCCAGGAAGAACAAGUUCACCGACUGGUCAGACGACGACGACUCGGACUACGAGAUGGACGACCAGGACGUCAACAAGAUCCUCAUCGUCACCCAGACUCCGCCGUACAUCCGGAAGCAUCCAGGCGGCGACCGCACGGGAAACCACGAGUCCCGAGCCAAGCUGACCACCGACCUGGCCAAAGCUAUCAACGACGGGCUUUACUACUACGAGCAGGACCUGUGGAAGGGAGAGGAGCAGCUGGAGUGCACCAAGGUAAGACGAGAGCAGAGCGAGGUAGCGUAAUAGAAAGAUUUGAAACUGUGAUCGGUCCAUUUGGUAGCAACCAUAGACUGUAUAUAAGAAAUGGACGUAACAUCCGUGACGUCACCCAUUGGUUUGUGGACUGCUGCUCGGAAGCCAAUAGUUUCGAAUCUGGGCAGCGCCAUCUUGAAAAUUUCAGGUGCAUG